CUGAAGGAACAUCUGUCAUCUUCGUCGUCAUCAGCAAUCUGUCAUUUCGGUUGACUGUUAUCUCUAUUUUUGUGCUAAAAAUAUAUAUUUCGGAGUACAGAAAACUUUCCUUUGUGUUUAUAGUACUUAAUAAACUUUAAAGUGGCGUAAAUAAGUUCGCAAAAAUGUCGAAAUUUGAGGAUAAUCCGUUUAGUGACCCAACCAUAGACAACCCAUUUGCAGAUCCAGCGGUGCAGCAAGUUGCAAGGAGUACAAAUAACGCAACACGCGGUCUCGACGAUUAUAAUCCCUUUGACGGGCAACAAAAUGCAAAUCAAGCUACGGUCCAGCAGCCACCCCAACAGCCGACACAGCCUGCUAUCAUGCAGGCUGUGUCACCUCCAGCCAGUGGGCAGUAUGUGCGGCCUGCCCAACCACAGCCGCAGGCUCAACCACCUCAAAACUUUACCACUGCUGACUUUCAGGAGCUAAAGAGAAGACAGGAGGAGUUAGAAAGGAAAGCUGAGGAGUUAGCUCGGAGAGAAGCGGAGCUGCGGGCUGGCUCGGCCGGCAGGCGGAAUAACUGGCCGCCUUUGCCUGCAUUCUGUCCCAUACAGCCGUGCUUCUACCAAGACAUCAAUGUUGACAUACCGCUAGAGUUCCAGAGGAUCGUGCGACACCUGUACCAUUUAUGGAUGUUCCACGCUCUCGUUCUUUCGCUGAACAUAAUCGGCGCGAUGUCUCUGAUGUUCGCCGGCAACGGCUUCACGACGUUCGGCCUCUCGAUCCUGUACUUCAUACUGCUGACGCCCUUCAGCUUCGUCUGCUGGUACCGACCGAUAUAUAAGGCGUUCAGGAGCGACUCCUCAUUCAACUUCAUGGUCUUCUUCUUUAUAUUCCUGUUCCAAAUUAUCAUAACCGUAGUCCAGUCGGUUGGAUUCAGCGGUGGAGGUUCUUGCGGCCUUAUCACCAGCAUCGGUGCUUUCAAGACGAACGUCGCAGUUGGCAUCAUCACAUUGCUGGUCACCAUAGGAUUCAUCACAUGUGUUGUAGCUGAUGUUAUGUUAAUUGCCAAGGUGCACCGUAUCUACCGGUCGACGGGCGCGUCGCUGGCCAAGGCGCAGGCGGAGUUCACGACGGAGAUCCUGCGCAACCAGCACGUGCAGACCGCCGCCUCCAGCGCCGCCGCCGCCGCCGUCAACGCGCAGAUCGCCAACGCUAACCGGUAUUAAAUGGCAUGAACGCGACUAGUUGAAUAAAAGAGUCACUGAAUGUGCACAUCGGGAAAAUACGCAAUACCAUCAUCAAUCAAGAUAUCGUUAGCGCUUAUACUGAUAUUAAUGCAAUGUUUACAUAUUUUUCUCGACAAAAACUUUACGCGAAUUAUUGUUGUAUCUAUCGCGUUCUGUACAUGCAUUUUACCUCAAUGAUGAUCAAAUUUCAUGAUAAUUUGAGGUAAUAGAAAAUGUUCUCGUCACUAACGAUUACUCGCAUAAUCAAUUACUUAACAUAGAAAAUAUAUCAUAUGUGAUGUGAUUGUGUUGUAUGCUUGAUUAUUACUUCAUCUUAAACACCAUUUCCUAUUCUGUUCGCUUUGAGACGGUGAUGCACGAAGCAUACUUUCCUCAGCUCUUGUGCAUCCUCGAGUUAAAGUGGUAGGUCAUAUUUAACGGCCAAAAUAAAAUAUGGCUGUGUAAAUGUAAUAAAAAAAUAUUUGAACUUAUUUAUUUCAAGUAUUGGCGUUACAAAUAUUAGGAUACCAGGUAUAGUGCUACACACAAUAGAGAAGAGAUUCACCAAGUCAAUAUGUACCAACAAUAAUAGUUUUUUUUUUUUUUAUGUAAGCGAGGUGUGUGCUGCUGAAUUUUUACUGUUGUAAUAUUAUUAAAUCUAAAUUUAACCUUUUUCACCUCUAUUUUCUGUCGCACUGUACUUAUUGGACAGCAUUUGAGUAUUUUAAUAUAAUAAUAAUAUGAUGUUUAUCAAAUUAAGAUAUAAUAUGCCACGAUAUAGUUUAUUUGCUAGCUGUAACGAUUAUUCAAAUCGACAUGAGCUUACAAAUGCUUUAAGACCUACAUACCUACAAAAAUCUGGAGUCUUCACACAUUUAGGAUUUGCCAGGGUUAUAAUUGUUCGGUGACGACUUUAAAGCUGUUUUUAUUUAGUUACAAAUAGUUAAUAAAUGCGUUAUUUAUUGCUUAGAAAAUAUGACACGGAACUUAUAUUCCCUUAUUAUAAACUCUAAAUUGAGUGAAAUUAAAUUUUAUCGUUUGCUGUUACUGUUUGUUAGUUGCUUCCCUUCAAGUAACCUACCGUUUAGUUUUCCUUGAGUAAACAUUCCAAGAAAGUGUAAAUACCCCCUUUUUAUUAAUAUUUAAACUUGAAAUUAAAUGUGUAAUAUAAAUAUUUGAUAUCUUUUAAAAUUUAUGGAAAUUAAAGUUUCAUGUAACGUCGCUAAUUAAAUGGGUGUAUUUGGACCAUUUACUUAAUCGUUAGUAUUUUCAAGUGUGACUCUCUUGCCCCGCGUUGAGACUAUCUAUUAGAUGCACAAGACUUCGACUUUAGUAUUUAUCGUUGUAUAAAAUAAAAUAGUGUAAGUUGGUAAACAUAUAAGCAUACUAUUAACUAGUCAUUGGACUAAACAGCUUUGGAAAAUUGACUAAACAAAUAGACCGCUUACAAAAUUGUAUCUAAACAAACUAAUACGUGACUGCGCCCAUUAUCGGGGCGCGAACAAUACGUAGGUAUGUUAUGUAUAAUCUGGGCCUAGCAUAUUGUAAAUUAUUUACCAGACCGUCCUUACCCCAGAUAAAUGGUAAGCGAAGGCGCGUAGAUUUAUCUAAAUGUUUAACUGUUUUGUAACGAUUAAGUCAUGUUAUACACUUAUAAUUAAUAAUAAAUAUAGUUUCAGAA